GAAGCGCGCGCGCUGGUAAAUAGGAAAUGACAAGCAGCACAUGGAACUGUAACUACAGCCAACAGCAGUUACACAUUAAGGUUUUGUGGGCAGUGCUCCCUUCACAGCAACGCCCCCGCGCGCACAGCGCGAGCGUUUCUACUACAAGAGUGGGGCGGUCUGGUGUUCAGAUGACUUGAACUUGGUAUGCUGUUUGUAUGCUUAGAGGAUCUGUUGAAUCCAUUAAUCCAUUUAGAUGCUAUAAAUGGAAUUCUUGUGAGGGAAAAAGGAUGGAAAAGUCGGACGCAUGCGAUCCAUACAGCCGACCCGCGCGCAGGACACAAUGGAUAGUGAGCACUCUGGCGUAUCAUUACGGACUAGACCGUGGAGUGGAAAACGAAAUUAUAGUCCUCGCAACCGGGCUGGAUCAAUACCUCCAAGAGAUAUUUCAUCACCUAGACUGUCAGGGAGAUGGUAAAAUCCCAGCCGAGGAUUUUAACAUUCUUUGCGAGAUUUUAGGACUCAGUAAAGAGAGUGAUCUGGAGGAGUGCGCGGGGAUAUUGGAUAAUCUACCCAAAGAGUUCAGCUUCAGGCAGUUUCACGCAAAACUCUGCGGUCAUUUCAGUACCAAAGCUGGUUGCCAGUAUGAGAAUGGGAGGUUGUUGGUUGGCAAGGAGAGCGAGCAUAUAGAGACGCAGAUCAGACUCAGGAGCCCCUUGAGGCGGCGCAAGAAGCUUCUGUCUUUGGGUACCAGCGUGAAGCGAGAAAGCGAAGAGCCUACUUCUCCCACUGUGGACAGACACGCGUCAGGUUGUAGGCAGCUGGGCUCCUGCACCAGGGAGUGCUACGAGGAAAUCGUGGCCCUCGAGGAGGCUGAGGACAGGAUAGCCAAACUUGAGGAGGAAAAUGCAAGUCUCAGGGAGUUGGUGGAAGACAUGCGUGCGGCUCUUCAAAGCAGUGAUGCUCGCUCGCUGGCCUUACAGGUGGGCCUGUGGAAAAGUCACUCGAAACAUAAACCAGAGGGUGGCUGUUUCAUCGCCCACCAAAGGCGAGCAGCUCAGAAACCCAACAUUUCUGGAAACCUGAAGGACAUCCAGAGUUUCCUGAGAGAAGUGGAGUACAUCCGGAGUUCCCGGGAUGGACAGAUCGAGGAAGCCAUGUUCUUCAACCAGAAGCUGGAGCAGGAGCUGCGAGUUUCACGUGAGACCAUGCUGUUGCUGGAGGAAUGUAACAGGACUCUAAAGAAGGAGCAGGCUGUGAUGAGAAAAAGAGUGGAGGAAGCCAGACAAGCUGUGCUCAGUGGCCUCAAGAAAGUGAAGGAGCUGGAAACCAAAGCCAGUCAUGUGCCUGUUCUGCAAAGGCACAUUGAGCAGCUAGAGAUGGAGCUUCUGUUCUACAGAACUGAAGUGUCUAAAACAUCGGUUCCAUUCAUCAACAAACCAGACAGACGGUAUAAUGGGGCCAGUCAGACUGCGCCACGCUGUUGCCUGGACACAGAGCAGGAUCGACGCUCUCCGACGGGACGUGCCGAGACUGUGCCUGACACUAUGGAGGAGCAGCUUUUCCGUUCAGUGGAGGGUCAGGCGGCGUCUGAUGAAGAGGAAGAAAGAUGGACCGGAGAGCAACAGAGACAAGUGGACGAGGUGAAGCGAAUCCUCACCAGACUGUCCUGCUGUGGAGACAGGUGUGAUGAGAAAGCAGUGAAGAAGCUGCUGUCUCAUUUCAACGACUCGCGCACAGAGGAGAGUCAGACGGCUGUGCUAGAGCUGCUGGAGAGAGUCAUACGACUCAACAAACAACUAGAACUGAAAGAGAGUCAGACCAAGAGGGCAGAAAUGGACACUGACCAGAUGAGGGACGCCCUGGUCCAGGAGCUACAACAGAAGGCCGAGGAGACGGAGCUGCUCCACCUGGAGCUGCAGAUGUUGGAGACGGAGCGGGUGCGUUUGUCUCUGGUGGAGGAGAAACUGAUGGAUGUGCUACAGCUUCUGCAGCAGCUGCGAGAGCUGAAUGUCUCAAGAAGAUCUUUAGGAAAGAUUUUGCUCAGCACAUUGGAGUCCUGCAGUGAUCCUCAGCAUGGAAAAGCGCAUAUCUUGGAGGUGCUCAAUGCUCUUUGUCAUGAACUGGCUGCGUGUGAGAUCCUCUCUAAUGGUGACAAGAUAGAGAGAGCACAGAGCCACCAGUCUCUCACCAACUCACUGCUCAUCUCCUGCUAGACAUUACUGCCACCUGAUGGCCACAGGAUGCUACAGACUCUUAAAGAAACUUCUAACUAGCCACGUUGGAAAAUGGGACCAAAAUUAUCCAUGUCUUUGUGUUUAUAUUUCUGUGUAUAUUAGUGUAAAUCAUUUAGCACAUUAUCAUGAUGUGACUUCUUUUAAAGCUACUUUUUGAGAUUUUCCUUUUGCAAUGUCAUACAUUGUUGGUCAGUAUUAUCUUAAAAUACAUGCACAUUAUACAAUAGUGUUCUUUACAGCUUCAUCGUGUGGUACUGAACUACCUGAUCAUACAGAAACUCUCAGGUAUAGAUUAUGUAAAGCUCAAUAUAUCAAGACUAGUUCAAAGGAAAACAUCUAUACUACUAACAGUUAUUACAGUUACAGAUGUUAAAUAAUUUAGAAAAUAAAGCAUUCGCCAUAUCUCAAACACAGACGGGACAGCUGUUGUUGAGAAAUAAAUUUAUGCAUUUUUUAUUGUUUCAAAAUUUUAACUGUAAACGUCAAUUGUCUUUUAGCACUUCUGGGCAGUUUUGUUGCUCUUUAAGGAUGAUUUUUAUCCAUGAUUUGCAUGAAACAAAAUAUAUAGUAUUAGAAAAACAUUACUGUCUCAUAAUUGUCAGUGUCUGUGCCUCUCUCCCAUAUCUCCAGAUAUAUAUAUAUAUACACACAUAUGUAUGUAUGUAUGUAUAGUAGUAGACCUUCUUCAGUCAUUGCCGACUAUGGAAGAGUGCAUGUAUGUGUGUGUGUGUGUGUGUGUGUGUGUGUGUGUGUGUAUAUAUACACACACACACAUAUAUAUAUAUA